AUGGCGCGCCGAAGUCACCACUACAAUGUCCUUCAGACGGAAACCUAUGUCGUAUCUCGACGUCGCACGUUGCCUCUCCGAUCUUUGACCGGGCCUCGGAACGGCUGCCAAAACUUUGGCCACUCUCCCGUGCAAUUGCUCCAGAGCUUCGAUGCUAUUUCAACACAACUUCAUAGCGUCGACUUACAAGGCGCCACUGCCACCUAUAAAACCAUCGUGAGUGCCACAGUCGGUUUGCGGGUGGGAAAGUCAAGUGGGUCGAUGGAAACCCAUGCACAGGGUCACAUAUGUCGGUUUGCCACCUUGUGCGACUCUCAUCUGCAGAUGAGUAGGCAUAUCUUGAACCUUUGUUACAUUCCCGAACCUGCAUUGCAAGUUUGUCGGCUCGAACCACCUUUCUUCUGCGUGGCCAUACUGUCUCUCUCUGAUGCAAGGUCGUCAAAGUCUUAUCAGGAGCUCAGAUCCCAUAUUGCCAUUUCCGGGGAGCAAGCCACGGUUACCUUCAACUUGGUCGAAAAGCCAUUCCAUUUUAACGCGGUCCUGAAUAACUUCCAUGCGGAGCUCGCGAGGGUAACCAGUCAACGAACUCCAUCCAGCCCUCCGGAAUCACGGGAGGUUUGCAACUAG